UCUCUGCCGAUGGUCCCCCCGGCUCCACCCCAUCAUGUGGCCGCCCCGGCUCCGCCUCCGCCCCAGUUCCUGUUUCGGCCUUGGCUGUCCUGCUUCAGCCCCUAGGGCUCCCCUCAGACGCCUGCUCUUCCUGCUCCGCCCGGGCCACGUCUUCCCGGGUGCUCGCCGCUCGCAUCCUCGCUCGCCCCGCCGGGGGAUGGGCCCUUCCCCUGGCCUGGGUCGACCCUGCUGGGGUCCCCGAGGCGACUCGGCCCCACCUUGACCGACCAGCCCGCCCGGUGCUGUGGCCCCCAGAAUGAAGGGCGGCGAGGGGGACGCGGGCGAACAGGCCCCGUUGAACCCGGAGGCCGAGAGCCCCGCAGGCUCGGCCACGUACCGAGAGUUCGUGCACCGCGGCUACUUGGACCUCAUGGGGGCCAGUCAGCACUCGCUGCGGGCGCUCAGCUGGCGCCGCCUCUACCUCAGCCGGGCCAAGCUCAAAGCCUCCAGCCGCACGUCUGCCCUUCUCUCGGGCUUCGCCAUGGUGGCCAUGGUAGAGGUACAGCUGGAGAGCAAACACGAAUACCCGCCGGGCCUGCUGGUGGCCUUUAGUGCCUGCACCACGGUGCUGGUGGCUGUGCACCUCUUUGCACUCAUGGUCUCCACGUGUCUGCUGCCUCACAUUGAAGCCGUUAGCAACAUCCACAACCUCAACUCUGUCCACCAGUCUCCACACCAGCGACUCCACCGCUAUGUGGAGCUGGCCUGGGGCUUCUCCACUGCCUUGGGCACCUUCCUCUUCCUUGCUGAAGUUGUCCUGGUUGGCUGGGUCAAGUUUGUGCCCAUCGGGGCCCCCUCGGGCACAUCAGCCCCCAUAGUACCUGCCUCCCAGGUGCCUGGGACUCUGCCACCAGUGGCCACCGCCCUUAGUCCAGCUUCCAAGCCAUCCUCUGCAUCUGUAGCCCCGUCACAGGCUGAGCCACCUGAGGCCUGCCCACCUCGGCAAGUGUGUGGCGGUGGUGGUGGGGGGGGCCAUGGACCAGGCUGGCAAGCAGCCAUGGCCUCCACGGCAAUCAUGGUACCUGUAGGGCUUGUGUUUGUGGUCUUUGCCCUGCAUUUCUACCGCUCCUUGGUGGCACACAAGACAGACCGCCACAAGCAAGAGCUAGAGGAGCUGAGUCGCCUGCAGGGGGAGCUACAGGCUGUGUAAGGCUGGUGUUAGCCAUGCUGCAAGCACUGCCUCCUUCAGGGGUCUGACUGAGGCCUCAGGUCUACAGACCCCAUUCCCUGCCCCUGCCUGGAGCUACUUCCUGUGGCCACUCAGGUAGAGAAUAGAUUUCUGCCCUCAGGGCCCUUUGGGCUGGGCCUUGGGGUGGCUCCCACAUUCCCAGGGAUUCUCCCUGUCACUCUGUCCCAUGGGUUUUGUAAACUCUACUGUGCACUUGGGCUGGGAGGAGCAAAGGAAGAGGAAGGUCCUUAGUCCAAGGCUGAUGCUGUAGGUAGAGGGGAGGCAGGGAGAUCCUGGUCAGACCUUUGGUGCCGACCCUUAGCCACUUGCCUCUACACAGAAUGUGGAGGUCGGUUGGAGGGUUACACGCCCACCUAGCUGCCCCAGAAGGCAGCCAAUCCUUGCUUCGCUUCUGUAGGAUUUGUUUUAUGGCUGGCAUCUGGGGGGUUGCGGGGUAGAAAAGGUUUUCCCCAUCCUCAGAAUUUUUUUUCCUUAAUUUUUUUUUCCUUUUUGGUCACCCCAGGACAUAUGGAGUUCCCAGGUGAGGGAUCAGAUCCAAGCCUUAGCCGAUACCUAAGCUGCAGCUGCACCAAUGCCAGAUCCUUAACUCACUGUGUGGGGCCGGGAUUUGAACCUACAUCCCAGGGCUCCCAAGAUGCCACUGAUCUCGUUGCACCAGAGCAGGAACUCCCCAUCCUUAGAUUUUGAUGGGUUCCCCACUCUCACUUUGGUUGCUUCAGAGAGGGAUUUGGACGUUUCUACCCCAGGCAUAGGUCCAGCCUUUCCGAGGGGGAACCUCCCUAUUUGGAGGAAGUUCAAGUGCCCGCUCCACUGCUCUAGACCCACACUUAUGCUUUUAUAUCUGGUUCUCACUCUCCUGGCCCAGGGAUGGGUGUUGGUGUGCCCAGCCUGACUCCCUAGCAAGGGUUGGGUGGGCAUGUAAAGGAGACGGUCCAUUCCAGCCCUUGGAAUACAGAACUAUUCUGACACUGAAUUUUUGAUGCACCUGAUUUUGUAUAAUAAAUUGUUUCACACAUGA